ACCAAUUCUUGCAUUUAGCCAUAUAUGCUCCAAAAAUAUAAAUGUUUCAAUCACUUUGGUGUAUGAAAAAUAUUACAGAAGAAAACUACAAAUGCAAGAUUCCACAAACAUGAGAAAUCCUAUUAUUGCACAUUAACCACUAAAUCUAAUUGCGGGAAACUGUACCUGCGAUCUCUAGGGAUGAAAAAAUCAACAACCUUUCCAUACUUAUCAAAAAGGGGGAAAAACAGUUGUACCUGGAAAGACAAAAUCGAAUGAUGAAAUUAUCAAUUUACGAAAGGUGAUGUUGAGGACGAGCAGUGAAUAGGUUAUAAGUAUCUCUGAUAUCCGGUGGACCUGCUCUUCCAAAAUGCAAUAUGGUUAAUCGUUUUAGGGAACGAGAAUGAAGAAUGAAAUCAGAGGACAAAGAACGAGUAGAAGAACAGUAGCAGGUUGAGGCCGCUUGGCUAUCGUUGAUUCAAUUUGUGGCGUGAGUAAUCCCUAAUCGAAAUUUGGGUUAAGUUGGGCCCCCUUAGAAUUGGGGCCUUGCUUAAUUUCAAAGUAAAGCCGGCCCAGACGCAGACAUCUAGGUUUUGGCCAUAUAACUUCCCGCCCAAAACCCCUUACGUUCGCAAAUUCGCCAUAGGUUUCGAAUCCUUGAUCCUUCAAGCCACCUGGUAUAGCUUCAAUGGCGGAAACAGAAACUGCUGAUACUAGUAAAAAUGUCAUCAAAGUUGAGGAAGAAAUCGAAGGAGACCAAAUUGGCACAAAAAACUAUCGUUUCAGCAAAAUCGGCGAAUCUGUUCCCAUCAAAUCCGAUGCAGAUUUCAAAUUCGAUAUGGACAACCUUCCGUCUCGUCCCAUGGCAGUCUCAGAACGUUUUGGAGUGAUUUUUGUUGCUCAUUCCUCCGGGUUUUGUGUUGCAAGGACCAAAGAUGUUAUGGAUUCAGCAGAAGAGUUGAAAAAUGGAGGCACUGGUCCUUGUAUACAGGAGCUAAGUGUUGUGGAUGUUUCUGUUGGAAAGAUUUCCAUAUUGGCAUUAUCUGCAGAUUCUUCCAUGCUUGCAGCCUCUGUUGGUUCCAACCUUUAUUUUUUCUCAGUUGAGGGUCUUCUUAAUAAGGAUCAAGAACCUUCCUUUUCCAAGUCAAUCAAUGGCUCAAGUAGCAUCAAAGACAUGCAGUGGAGUCCACGCUUGAAGCAACAGUAUGUUGUUCUUACAAAUGAUGGAAAUUUAUACCAUGCAGCUGGCCAAGAUGAUCUUAAUAAUCUUAUGGACAAUGUUGAUGCUGUUGACUGGAGCAUGGAUGGAAAGUUUCUUGCUGUGGCAAAAUAUGAUUAUUUAAGCAUUUUAUCAUCAAAAUUUGAAGAAAAGUUACAAAUUAAGUUACUAUUUGAUUCAUUAGUUGAUGAUUCCGCUCCAGAUUCUGUUGUAAAAGUGGAUUCUCUCAGGUGGGCCCGCCCAGAUUGUAUUAUCUUAGGAUGUUAUCGUCUGAAUGCUGAUGGGAAGGAGGAGAAUUAUCUACUUCAACUCAUCAGUGUCAAAGAUGGAAAAAUCACAAAACCCUCUUCCAAUCCAGUGGCUUUGACUUUUAGUGAUGCUUUUCUUGCUAUAAAUGAGGAUGACAUUCCAUCUGGAAGUGGACCCCAUAUGUUUGUGAGCUAUGUGGAUGAAUGUGAGAUUGCAUUUGUUGCUAAUAGGAAGAACACAGAUCAACACAUUGUGCUAUUUGGUUGGUCUUCAGAUAAGAAUAAUGAAGCUGAAAUGAUAGAAAUCACAAAUGAUGCAUGGGUUCCAACAAUUAAUCUUCAAGAAAACAGUGAUGAUAAUCUGAUAUUGGGGCUAGCUGUUGACAAAGUUUACAAGGAUGAGAAACUUAGACUCACACUUGGGGAACAAGAUACAGAAGUUUCACCAUGUUGCAUUCUUCUAUGCCUUACCAUUGAUGCAAAGGUUUUUAUGUUCCAUUUUGCCAGUGCCACAGGCCCUUCCCUUUUGUCAGAAGAUGCAACUUCUUCUGUCUCUGAUGAGGAAGUUGAGUCUUCUCCAAUCAGUUCUCAAAAUCAGGUGAUGAAUAUUAAUAAACAAAUUGAGGAUCAAACUCCUCAAAAAGUAAAAGUGGAUGAACAAAAUGAGAAAGCACACAGUGAAGCUCAUACAAUAAGAAAAGAUGAAAAAACCAACUCUACAUCAGUUUUACAGCUAGAUAAAGGUGCUACACAACAACAAGUUCUUAGUAGUAGCAAAGAUCAAGGGCAACCACUGUUUAAAGCAUCUGAGCCUGUUAAAGAUUUGAAGAAGAUUGAAAAUGAAAAAGUUGCUGAUUCUGUUUCAAAAAAUGAUAAAUCAAACAAAACAGUAUUUGGAGGUUUAGAAUCAUCUUUCAAUAAAGCUUCUUCAUUUGGCUUGCAUGAUUCAUCUGGAAGCUUCUCUAGUUCUUCAAAUGUUUUUGGGGUGCAAUCUUCUAAGGCAUCAUUUGGUUUGAAUACUUCAUCUGAAUCACACUUUUCUUCAAAUGUUUUUGGAGUUCAAUCUUCUUCUUCUUCUUCUUCAGCUCAUGCUAGUGUGAAUAAGGCAUCAUUUGGUUUGAAUACUUCAUCUGGAUCAUCAAACUUUUCUCUAAAUGCUUUUGGGAUGCCAUCUUCUUCUUCUUCUUCUUCUUCUUCUUCUUCUUUUUCGUCUUUUUCUGGUAUCCAAAGGAGUGCAGAAUCAUCAGGCAAAAUAGGAUCAACUAAUCUGCCUGUUUCAUCAGGAACAUCUUCUAGUGGAGGCAUGUUUCCUUCUAGAACUUUUGAGGUGAAGUCUCCUUUUUCAAAUACAGGAACAGGAACCACACCUUUGAAACUUUCAUUUCCCAAAUUGCCCUCCGCUUCAUCUACAACUACAUCAAUCACAUCUGGGGUUAAUGUCAUCAACACAUUGCCUGUAAUGUCUACUACACCACCGAAUCUAGGAAAAUCUUUGGAUUUGAGAUCAUCUGACAAAGGAAAUUACAGAAGUCAAACUCAGUCAAGGAUGUUAAAUUCUGACCCAAAUCUAUCAGAACAACGCAGUGUUGAAGAGAUGGCAAAAGAACUAGAUACUCUGUUGGAUUCUAUUCAAGGACCAGGUGGUUUUUAUGAUGCGUCUGUUUCUGCCCAUAAACCAUCUGUUACAGCUCUGGAAGAGGGUAUUUUGGUACUUUCAGAAAGAUGCAGAAAAUGGACAGACACAAUGGAUCAUGGGAUUGAAGAGGUUCAACUUAUCCUUGACAAGACUGUUCAAGUUUUGGCAAGGAAAAUAUAUAUGGAGGCAAUAGUGAAACAAGCAACUGAUAGUCAAUAUUUAGAUAUUUGGAAUCGCCAGAAGCUGAAUUCUGAAUUGGAAAUGAAGCGUAGACAUAUUUUACAGAUAAAUCAGAAUUUAACAAAUCAGGUAAUAGAACUUGAAAGACAUUUAAACACCCUUGAACUCCAAAGAUUUGGUGAUAAAGGUGACCUAGAAACAAAUCGAAGAUCUUUCCAUACGAGACAUGGCCCACCAAGGCAUGUUCAGUCUUUACACAGUUUACACAACACCAUGAAUGCCCAGUUGGCAGCUGCAGAGAAACUCUCUGAAUGUCUUUCAAAACAAAUGGCUGUGCUUAGUAUCGAAACGGGACCCACAAAAAAACAAAACGUGAAAAAGGAGUUAUUUGACACAAUCGGAAUCUCCUACGACAAUUCCCCAAGUCAAGAAAAAUCUAGGUCGGUCCCACCAAAAAGUCAACUUGUAAUUUCUUCAAAUUCAUCUACAAAGAAAAGUCAACAAAGUGCUGUGAAGACUUCUGAACCAGAAACCGCAAGAAGACGCAGAGAUUCUCUCGAUAGGAGCUGGGCAAGCAUUGAACCCCCGAGAACAACUGUAAAAAGGAUGCUUUUGCAAGAGGAGCGAACAAGUACACCUCCCGCCAGAUCAUCUUUGCCACCUGGCACUAGAAAACUCGAUCGGUUGUCUGUGGGUCCCACGGUUUCUCAUAAUAUGCCAUCAGAAACACAAAUAAUGCGACAUUCUGAAAGACAAUUGAAUUCCUCCUCAGUUUGGGGUAAUAACAGUAACAGUAACAAUAACAGUUUAGAUUCAACAAAAACUCCCGUGGUAGCAGCUUCUGUGCUUUCUUUAGGCUCUGUUUCACAUUCACAGUCAACGCCUGUUGUAAGUCAAGAGGUUGAAAAGUCAAAAAGCCGUUUCACCUUCAACUUAAAAUCAGAUGACCCAAAAAUUACUCAACAGCCUCCAAGUUUCUUGGAACCUUCAAAGUCACCUGCAACAAAUAUAUUCCAGAAGAAGCCUCUUGACUUCUCAGAAUCAAGCAAUAAAGAAACCGAAAAACCAAAGUUUUUAGUUGGAGACACGAACCAGAAGCCAAAAGUGGCAGAAAGCUCUUCUUCAAUUUGGUCAAAAAAGAGUCAAGAAUCACCAUUUUCUGCCACGUCAUCAUCUACUGCCUUUUCAGGAAAAAGUUUCUCUUUGGAAUCAUCGUCAUCUACGAAAGAGAAACAGCUUAGUGAAGCUGUGUCUUCUUCUGUUGCAUCAUUAUCUGUUCCUGUUACUUCAACACCUUCAUCCUCAACGCCUCCCAUUUCAUUUAGUAAACCAUCAACCAGUUUUGGGAUCCAAUCAGGUGCUACUCAGACCACCACCCCACUCUCUGCACCUUCAUCUUCACCUUCACCUUCACCUUCACCUUCUUUUCUUUCGUUUUCAUCCUCCAUUAAACCUUCAGCCAACAUAGAUUUGAACACUUCCAAAUCAAAACCAGAUACAACUGAAACUCCAACUCCAAUACCUAGUCUACUUUCAUUACCCAAGUUCGAUAUAAAACCAAAUGAGAGUUCUUCAACUCAAGUUUCACCUCCCACCCCCCGUGGUUUCCUCAGUUGCCACAAGUAG